AUGAAAUUUUAUGUUCUUUUUAUUCUUUUUUCUUCUUCAAUUUGUUUAACAAUUGAUGAUAAUCAACAAUGUGUAAUUCGAGAUUCUUGUUCAAAUUUAACAUUAAAAUCUCCAUCUGUCAAUGAUGAACUUUUUAUUCAACGUCGAAAUUGUUUUUGUGAUUCUGCUUGUGAAGAAUAUGAUGACUGUUGUCAUCAAUCCAAAUUGUCAAACACAAAUAAUUAUGAAUGCAUUGAUUUUCUUUCACCAACAUUUAAUGAGAGUACUCUUUCAAUUAGUCCAUUAUUUGUAUGGAUGCGUACAAAAUGUUUAUCAAUUUAUAUUGGAUCACGAUCUGAUAUUCAAUGCCGAAAUUUAAAUAAUCAAACAUUUCUAGACAAUCCAAUAUUAUUUAUUCCAGUUACAAGUAUACAAACAAAUAUAACUUAUCGAAAUUACUAUUGUGCAUAUUGUAAUAAUGAUGCAAAUUUAAAUGCACGAUUUUGGGAAUAUAAAUUACAUUGUCAUCGUAACGGAAGUUCUUCUGCUAUUAUGACUUUAAAUAAAGAAGAACAAAUUAAUUAUUAUAUUCAUAAUUUAACACGACAUUGUAGGACAACAAUUAAUUAUCCACGUGCUAGAGGUACUAGUAGUGAACCUUCGGUUUUUAUUCGACCCUGUAAAAAAUCACUUCCAUCCAUAUGUCCUUCUGAAACAUCAGCUGAUUUAGCUCGAAACUGUUCUCAAUCUAGUACUGCCUAUCGUUAUGAUAUCGUUUCAAAUGUUGUUUAUCGUAAUCCUUAUUGUGCAGAAUGUAAUAAUAUAAAUAAUAGUUAUAUAACAUGUACGGACCCAUAUUUACGUUCAAGUACACCUCCAAUGUAUCAUACACGUGCUCCUUCAUUAUCAAUACUAUUUGAUCCAAACCUUCUUGAACGUUAUUUAAAUUAUGAUUCAAACAAUAAUUCAACAAUUCAAAUGAUCUAUUCAUUAAAUUAUAAUUGUUCAAAACCGGAUGAACUUUAUAAUUUUUUUUUAAGAAAAUGUUCUCAAAUAACAAAUUCAAGUAAAGAAAUAAUUAUUUCAAUGAAAUGUCCAAAUUCAAUACAAAUAGCAGAAGAUUAUAUUCGAUAUAAAAAUAGCAGUUUAUAUAUUAUAAAUCAAUCAAUACUUUUAAAUAAAGAUCAAUAUGUAUUUAUUAAUGAUCAUCAAAUUGUUUUUUGUGCUGAUCAAUUGAAACAAAGUCGACCAAUAAUUCCAUCGUAUCGUAAUAUCUUAACAAUUCUUUGUACUUCAAUAUCAUUGGCUUGUCUUGUUAUUUUUGCAAUAGCAUUUUGGUUAAUACCUUCCUUACAUAAUCUUCCUGGUAAAUGUCUUUUAUUUCUUUCCAUUUCAAUAUUUAUUGGUCAAUUACUAUUUAUUUCAACAUCUGUUCUUAUUCAACAUUCUUCUCUUUGUCUUAUUUCAGCUAUUUUAAUUCAUUAUUUUUAUUUAUCAUCUUUUUUUUGGUUAUUAAUUAUAGCAAUACAUAUACAUUCAACAUUUAAUUGUCAAAUAGUUCGACGUGAAAAAAUAAAUAACGAUAAAUAUCGUUUAUUAGCUUAUAAUAUUCUAGUAUGGUGUUCAACUGGAAUUAUUGUGCUUACUGCAUGUCUUAUACAAUUUACAAAUCCUGAAUCAAAAUUUUCACCUAAUUAUGGAUAUUUAUUUUGUACAAUAUCAAAAUCAUUUGCAAUGAUUUCAUUUUUUCUUGUACCAAUCGGUUGUUUACUAUUAAUUAUUGCAAUUUUAUUUAUUAAAACUAUUCUAGCCAUACAUCAUUCACAUAAAAUAGCACAAAUAGCAAGUGCAUCAUCAUCAUCAAAUCAUAGUAAUAAUAAUCAUAUAUUUAUUUAUACUCGUUUAGCAUCACUAAUGGGUUUACAAUGGAUUUUAAUGAUUAUUGCACUUAUUAUUCAACAAAAUUGGUCAUGGACUAUAUUUGAGAUAAUCAAUUCUCUUCCAGGAGUAUUUAUUUGUUUUGGAUUUUUAUUUUCGCAAAAACUUUGGAAUAAUAUUAAACAAAGAAUAAUGACGAAAAUAAUAAUUAGACGACAAUCAUCAAGAAGUAAUACAACAUCAACAACAUUAGUGCAACUACCAUUACAACGAUAA